AUGGGCGUCUUCGACAAGUUCGUCGGCACAGAGAAAGAGACUGAGGUCCAAGUCUACAAUGACAACACCUACGAGGUCCAGGAAGGCAUUGUCUCCGAGAACAAGGACGACCUCCAGCGAAGACUGGGAAAUAGGGAAAUACAACUUCUUGCCAUAGGUGGUUCCAUCGGUACUGCUCUCUUCGUCAGCAUUGGCUCAGGUCUGCAUCAUGCUGGACCAGCCGGUCUCUCCCUUGCCUAUACGAUAUAUUCUUGUAUGUUAGGCCUGAUCAACAACUGCAUCUCGGAAAUGACGAUCUUGAUGCCUGUCUGGUGGUUUUAUUCGUCUCGCGGGUCACUGGCACUGCUCAUUCCCUUUGAGAUCACUGCCCUGUGCACCGUUCUUGGAUUCUGGCGCGAUGACAUUCCAGCUGGAGCCGUGAUUGCAGUAGCCAUCGUCCUCUAUGCUGCCCUGAACAUUCUUGCAGUCAAGGCCUAUGGAGAGGCUGAAUUCUGGCUCUCAGGAGGCAAAGUCAUCUUGAUCUUCCUGCUGUUCUCCUUCACAUUCGUUACGAUGUGUGGCGGAAACCCCCAAGGCGAUGCCUACGGUUUCCGCUAUUGGAAUCACCCCGGGCCCUUCGCAGAGUACCUUUCGACUGGCGAUCUUGGACGUUUCGAAGGCUUCCUCGCCGGUCUCUGGUCGGCCUCCUUCUGCGUUGUCGGCCCGGAGUACAUCUCCAUGGUAGCAGCUGAGGCCAAGCGACCACGCAUCUACAUCAAGAAUGCGUUCAAGACCGUGUACUGGAGAUUCGGACUCUUCUUUAUCCUGGGCUCUCUUUGCGUUGGAGUGCUCAUCCCCUACAACGACCCUACUCUGACCGCAAUUCUGUCGGGAGACAGCACCGGAAGCGGCACUGCAUCUGCUUCUCCAUAUGUCAUCGCCAUGAAGAAUCUUGGAGUGUCUGGGUUGCCUCACCUUGUGAACGCUCUUCUGGUUACUAGUCGCGCACCAAAGUUCCUGCGAUACUGCACCAAGCAGGGAGUGCCGCUCGCCUGCUUCUGCGUUGUCAUGUGCUUCCCUUGUCUCGCAUUCUUGCAGUUGGGCUCCGGUUCUGAGAAGGUUCUCACCUGGCUCGUCAACCUCAUCACUGCUGGCGGCAUCAUCAACUACGUCGUCAUGGCGACUACCUACAUCUUCUUUUACAACGCCUGCAAGGCCGAAGGACUCGAUCGCCGCACGCUGCCAUACCGCGGAUGGUUCCAGCCUUACUCGGCCUACAUCGGGUUGGCAUGGAUGCUAAUUAUGGUGUUUUGUUAUGGCUAUUCGUCGUUCAAGCCAUGGUCCGUCGACAGCUUUUUUACAUUUUAUACAAUGUUGAUCCUAGCCCCCGUAUUGUUCGUCGGCUGGAAGUUGAUCAAGCGCACGAAGUUCGUCAAGGCCUCUGAGGCUGACCUCGUGUGGGAACGCCCACUCGUCGAUGCGUACGAAGAGACCUUCAUCGACCCACCAGUUGGCUUCUGGAAGGAGAUGAUCCAGGUGGUUGGCAUCGGCCGUAAGAAGGGCGGUAAUGACAGGAGGCGAAGCAGUGUUGCCGCUUAG